AUGCUGUACACCCAUGCAACGAUUGUGACCGUGGAUGCCUCGCGCCGAAUAAUCACCGAUGGAGCAAUCCACGUAGUCGGCGAUGUCAUCGUGGAUAUUGGCAAGACAGAUAUCCUUAAAGAAAAGCAUACAACCGAUGAAGAGUGCGAUCUCUCCGGUCGGAUUAUCAUUCCGGGAUUGAUUUCCACCCAUAUGCACACGGCACAGACACUCCUACGAGGUGCAGCCGACGACCUCGAGCUGGUGUCGUGGUUAUGCGAAAGGAUUUGGGUUCUCCAGGGUAACUUCACGGCACAGGACGGGUACGCUGCAGCACGAUUGAGUAUCGGAGAGAUGCUUAAAUCGGGAACCACCUGCUUCUUGGAGAGCAUGUUUGCCGAUCGAUAUGGCUUUGACGGGCUAUGUCGCGCCGUCGAGGAGAGUGGCAUCCGUGGCUGUCUAGGUAAGAUUGUCAUGGACAUUGCAAAAUAUGCCAAAGAUGACGCCUGGGCCAUGCAUCCUGGCCUUGUUGAGAACCGUGAAACAUCAUUGCUUGGAACUUUGAAGAUGUGGGAGAAGUGGAAUGGUGCGGCCGAUGAUAGAAUCAGAGUUUGGUUUGGAGCCAGGACUCCCGGAGGAGUAUCGGACGCACUUUAUAAGGAAAUGACCGCUAUUUCCAAGGACAAGGGUAUACCCCUUACCAUGCAUUGCGCUGAGGUCAAGGCCGAUCGGGAUUUCUUCGAUUCGGUCUCGCACACCCCGAUGUCAUAUUGCAAAUCAGUUGGUUUGCUGAGUGACUCCACGGUCCUGGUGCAUAUGGUUCAUUUGGAUGACUCGGACAUUGAACUCCUUUCUUCUUCGGGAACGCAUGUCGCACACUGCCCAACAUCUAAUGCAAAGCUUGCGUCCGGAAUCUGCAGGGUGCCAGAUCUGCAAGAUGCUGGAGUCAAUAUUGGUCUGGGUACCGAUGGUGCCCCGUGUAACAAUACAUGUGAUCUUUUGCAGGAGAUGAAAUUGGCCGCUAUUAUUCAUAAAGGGAUCUCGCAGGAUCCCACGGUAGUUCCAGCCGAAAACGUGUUGGAGAUGGCUACAAUUAACGGCGCCAAAGCACUGGGCUUGGAUAACCAGAUCGGCAGUCUGGAAAUUGGUAAGAAGGCUGAUUUUGUGGCCAUCGAUGUUCGAGGAAUCCACAGCCAGCCUUGGUUCAAUCCGGUCAGCGCAGUUGUUUAUACUGCAACUGGGCGAGACGUCGAUGUUGUUGUGGUCAAUGGGAAGGUUGUGGUCAAGAAUGGAGUGCUUAUGACGAUGAAUGAGGAGGAAAUUGUUCAGGAAGCACAAAGAAGAAGCAAAGAGGUAGUGGAUAGAGCUGGAUUGGGCAAGAAAGUUCAGGGCCGCUGGCCAGUGGAGUGA